UGAUAUCCAAAAGAGAUGUCUUUCCCCAUUACUUGUCAUGGAAGCUAUUAUCUCUCCAAAGAAACCUCUAAUAUUAAGCCACCUUUUUCUCUUCAUAUAACCCAAUCAAUGGUUCAUUUUUUUUUGGUACUCUACUGAAAGAAAUUGAUCGAUUAAGCCUUCAAUGGAUAACCAGGAAGGGACUCAGGAGAGUAAACAAUCCUCUCAGAGAACCCCGUUCACCCAACUCGAUCAAGUUGCCUCUGAUUUGGCUCUAGCAAUUACUUUGCAAGAACAAGAGAGGGCCUUCACAAUGCUCGAAACCAUUGAAAGUGAAAGCGAAGAAGAAUUAGAAGAUGAAGAAAGUGAUUAUGAUGAUUCUAAUGAUGGUGAUCAAGAAUUCAUUGACAGGUACGAAUUGGAAGCCGAACUUGAUCAGGUUCCGGAAGGAGAAGGCACCAGCAGCGAUGAUGAUAUGUAUGAUUUAGAAGAAUUCACUCCGGAUGCAAUGUCUUAUGAGGAGUUGAUUGCACUAGGAGAGUUCAUAGGAGAAGAGAAGAAAGGACUAGCAAUAAGCGAAAUUCCUACAUGCUUACACCCAUGUAAAUGUCAGUCUGUUGAUAGCAAAACCAACAUUGAUCGAUGUGUUAUUUGUCAAGUUGAGUAUGAAGAAGGUGAAGCCUUGUUUGCUCUUCCUUGUGAACAUCCUUAUCAUUCAGAGUGUAUAAGCAACUGGCUUCAAAUUAGAAAGACAUGUCCAAUAUGUGGCACCGAAGUUGUACCACCUAAGAUAGCUAGGACUGCCUAGUUCUGUAUAUAUUAUGAUUGUGCAGUGUAAAUUACUUAUUAUGCUUGAUUUGUCUAUAAUAUUUGAAUGGAAAAACGAUGCAGAAAUAAAAAGAAUCAUAGAAAGGUUCAGUAUUGCUUACAA